CUCUUCUUCCUCCUCCUCUUCCAUCGUCUCCUCUCCCGCCGAUAUAACCUGCCACCGGGACCAAAACCGUGGCCUAUCAUCGGAAACCUUAAUCUCAUAGGCCCUCUUCCUCACCACUCCUUUUAUGAACUCUCCCAAAAAUACUGACCCAUCCUGCAUCUCAAAUUAGGCUUAAAACAUGUCGUCGUCGUAUCAUCAGCCGACGUUGCCAAAGCCUUCCUCCAAACCCACGGCCAGACCUUCUCAUCCCGACCCAGAACUAACGCCGGAAAGUACAUAGUCUACAAUUACUCCGAUAUGCUCUGGGCCCCCUACGGUCCACACUGGCGCCAAGCCCGCAAGAUAUGCUUCACACAGCUAUUAUCUCAGAGGAGCAUAGAAUCCAGCGAGUAUAUCAGAAAGGAAGAGAUGAAAUGUAUGCUGAAUGAACUUUUCAUUUCUUCGAGCAAACCCGUACUGCUGAGAGAUUAUCUUUAUGCUUUAAACCUAAAUAUUAUUAGUCGCAUGGUGUUGGGGAAGAAGUACGUGCGGAAGGAUAAGAGUGGGUUUAUCAGCUGGGAAGAGUUCAGAAGACUGGUGGAUGAGUUUUUCUUGCUGAAUACGUUUGCGAAUAUUGGGGAUCUGAUCCCUUGGCUCAAUUUCUUGGACUUGCAGGGUUAUACAAAGAGAAUGAAGGAUUUUAGUGUGAAGUUUGAUAGGUUUCUGGAGCAUGUGCUGGAUGAACACGAAGAGAGAAGAAAAGGAGUUGAGAAUUAUGUACCCAAAGAUAUGGUGGAUGUGCUUUUGCAGCUUGCUGAAGACCCCACUCUUGAGGUUAAACUUCAAAGGCACAUAGUCAAAGCAUUAACUCUGGACCUUGUGAUAGCUGCGAUAGAUACCUCCAAUGUAGUUGUAGAAUGGGCAAUGUCAGAGCUCUUGAAAAACCCAGAAAUCCUGAGGAAGGCCACAGAAGAAUUAGACAGAGUGAUCGGGCGAGACAGAUGGGUAGAAGAGAAGGACAUAGUGAACUUGCCUUAUUGUGAAGCCAUUUGCAAAGAAACUAUGAGAUUGCACCCUGCAGCAGCUGUGUUGCCUCCGACGACGUCAGCCGUAGACGGCGACUCUAAAGUUGUAGGGUAUGACAUCCCAAAAGGGACCCAAGUGAUCGUCAAUGUGUGGGCUAUCGGCAGAGACCCUGCAAUAUGGGACAACCCUAAUGAGUUAUACCCAGAGAGGUUCAUAGGUAAGGAUAUUGAUGUGACAGGACACAACUUUGAGUUAUUGCCAUUUGGUGCUGGAAGAAGAAUCUGCCCUGGUUAUCCUCUUGCUCUUAAGGUCGUGCAUUUAAGCUUAGCCAACUUGGCGCAUGGCUUCUCAUGGAGCCUGCCGGAUCAUAUGAAGAAGGAGGACGUAAACAUGGAUGAAAUUCCAAGGCUUACUAGCGUCAGAAAACAACCACUUGAGGCUGUUAUUAGGCCUAGACUUUCAUCUCAUGAUCUUUACUUUCAGUGA